UGUAAUAAAAUGUAGCUUAUGCCGUAAUGCUAUUUAAUCAUGCAUUUAUUAAACAAAAGUAAACAUUAUUUUCUGUGCUCAAAAGUACUUUUCUUUGUUAAAAUUAAUGCUUCUUAAGUGCAAGGGUUUGACUAGUUUAUGAAAAGGAGUUUCUAAUCUUGUAAUUUCGAUAGAAAUUUGUCGAAAUUUUUAUUUUGGAAAAAAGCCUUUUAAAAGUAUUAUAAUGAAUCGAUACGGAACACUAGCUUUUUAUCCCUUCUGACAAACCAAAAAAAAAAGAAAAAAAGUGCAUCUGAUUCACCCGAAUUUAAUUACAUUCUUUAAAUUUCUCAGGAGAAUAUUGAUUUUUUUUAAUGGAAAUAAUUUGGAGCAUUUUCCUGUUGUCGAAGCGAAAUGCAUUUAGUGAAGCGUAACGGUGGUUUGGUAUUUCAUCAUACUCUUCAAAACAUUCAGAAAGGUGGUGCGUCUAAAGUUUUGCAUUAACUUUCUUCUUCCACUUCCUAAGAAGUAAGAUUUGAAAUGUUUUCCGAUUACAAAAGUAUUCGGAAAGCCUAUACCCCGCCUGUGACUCCGAUAGGAAGUCGUCGACCAAGACCAAUUUCAGGCAGUGAGAGUGAUGUUCGUAUUAAAAUGAAUUUCAACCCAUCUGGAAUUCUACAAAAUUUUGCUCUUCCAAGACCUUUUAGAAGAAGAAAUAAAUCAAAGGACAGAUAUUCUGAGGGUGAUAUGUCAUUUAGACCUAGAGAACUGAUAGAGCUAGCCAGCUUUGGCGUUGUUGAGUUAGAGCCUGCCGAAAGAGGAAUUGGUCAUAGAUUCCAAAUUUCCAACUUAAAAAAUCCAACCUGGUGUGAUUGUUGUGGGGAUUUCAUUUGGGGCUUAUACAAUUCCACCGACUGUUUGAGAUGCUAUAAUUGUCAUUAUACUUGUCACCAACGCUGUCAGCAUCUUGUAACAUUGGACUGCAAGGGAUUUGGUGAUACUCAAACUACUGAUCUUAGUGAAUUGAUCGAGAAUACAUUAAAAAGAGAGUCUGUUGAGAAGGAAAGACUCUCUCCACUGUUUUUUGAGCACCUAGAUAAUGAAGAACUGAGGCGAAGAAUAGGACGUUACAAUGCUCGCCAUCAGAGUUGUGAUAUGGUUCUUCAAGAAGAUGGGGAGACACUUCAUGGUUUCAUUCGAGUUCACAUGAAUCUUACAAGACCUAUCAAUGUUAUUUCUGGCACUCGUCCUCCCUCCAUUUAUGAUAUAUUAAAGGAAGAAGACGACGGCGGACGGAAAACAUUGACUUCAUUUUAUUUGCCACGAGAUACAAUAAAAGCGUUACAUAUAACAAGUGAAUUUUCUGCUAGAGAAGUUAUAAAUGCUCUUCUUAAGAAAUUUAAAGUUGCUGACAAUUCUCACAAGUUUGCUUUGUAUGAGAAGACUUAUUCCAAAGGUUCAAAUCAAGCCAAAUUUCGACGAAUACAAGAUCAUGAAAUGCCUUUAAUGUUAGCUUUAUUGAACUGUGAUGAGGACAAGCAUUUUGUUUUGCAAGAAAAUGAAACAGAAGAUAUCGUGUGGGAACAGUUUGCUGUACCAGAGUUGAAUAACUUUUUGAAAAUAUUAGACCUAGAAGAAGAGGAAUAUUUGAAUCAAGUAAAAUUGAAGUACAGAAUCCUGCAAGAAAAAAUUCAAGAAGCUAUGGAUAAACUUUCACCAUCGAGUAGAUCUUUAGGUAGCUAGUUCACUAUAUUUAGCAAACUAUCAUAUUUGUAUAUCUUAAUGGGAUACAAGUCUUUGUUCCCAAUUUGAACUGUGAUCACAUUGUAGGACAUAGGCUAGUGAAAAGACAAGAGAGAAAAAAGGAGGUGAGGGGGACCAAUUGUUGGUGGGUUGUGUUUUUAACUCAAAAGCGAUGGAAACAAAUUAAGAUUUCAUUUACUUGUGGCAGCAUAGCUUUUACAGGUUCGUUUUCUCCACUAGCAAUGGAGGGAAAGAGGGCUUAAUUCUGUGAUGCUUCUGACAGUUUAGUAUCAGAACCAGCUCAAUCUGUUUACUAAAAAUUUUACAGGAGAAACAAAAAACAUCCAUGGAUUGAGCUGUGUUUGAAAGAAAAACAAUGUUUGUUUGGCAGUAGUUUUCAACAUGAUUGAGCUGGAUGCGUUCCAGAUCACUUUGUAACCACCAAGUAUCAAAAAAAAAAAAAAAAAAAAACUUCUGUGAAUUUAUCUAUUGAGCUGAAAAAAAAAAAAAAAACUUCUGUGAAUUUAUCUAUUGAGCUGCUUUUUAUACUAAACACCUCAUAUGAUAAUCAUGUUUCAUCAAAAUAUGCUUUAUCUAUAAAUGAUGGAUUAUAUCAUUCUAUUUAAAUUAUGUUUUGGAGAAUAUGAUAUUGUGUACAGCAGAGAUAGGCAACCUUAACUCAUUGCCAAUAUACAUUCCAUGUUUGGCGGAACACUAAGAUCCACUUCUGGUGGGGGGAGGGGGGCAGCUGAUCCUCCCCCUCGUUGUGUCUUUCGUAAAAUCCCGUUAAAAAAUGUUUUUCUACUUUAAAUUUUUUUAAAACAUUAUGAAGUUUUAUCUGUUUAUAAUUAAAAAAUUUAAAACUAUACCUCUUUCAGCAAUUAUAAAAAAAACUUUGAAAAAUAUUCAAAGAAAUUUUGAUUGAGAAGUUGGGCCUAUUUUUUUCCCCUCCAGAAAAUAAUAGUAUCUUUUCUAUGACGAGAAACAUGGUCCAGAAUGUUGCCAUGAUCGACCAGUUGAUCACCAUGAACGGGUUGCCUACUGCUGGUGUACAGAAUCAUCAGGGUUUGAUGUAGAUUUCAUGGAAAUAAACUUAAGGAGACAUUUCUUCUAGUAAAAGAUCAAUUAGGAAAAAAAAAUCAUAAAAAAUUAUUAGUUUAUGUAGUAAUGGUAUUUGAACCAUCUAAUUAAAACAAAAUUUAUCAUAAAAAAUAGUAAUAUCGAUUCGGUCAUUUCCUUUUUUAAGGUACAAAAACUUGCGUUCACAAAAAUGAAUGUUUAAAAACAUUGGAGAAUUGUUUGUUGUGCAAAUAUACUCCAAGAAUUUAUUUUCUUUUAUAUUUUUAUACUAAUUUAGACAAAGAGUUUUACAGCUGCUAUUUUAACUUUUGGUAUUAAGGGAGCUUUAAAUUCAUUUGUCUUUAUUCGAAAUAUUUUAUUAAAAUCCUAACAUAUGAAAAGCCAUUUUUUACAACUGCUUUAUUUAAUUUAACAUUCUAGAAAUCAUAAUCACUUAAUUUUCUUUUCUAAUUUGCAUUUCCAAAACAUAUUCUUUUUUACUUUUCAUUUUCAUAAAGACCAAAGACCUAGAGACUGUUUACAACUAAAAUUUCCCUCCGAAGUGACCAUAAAAAGAAAACUACUGGACCAAAAUGUUAUUAAAUUGAGUUCUAGUAACUAACAAAUCAGUUCAUUUUAUUUCUGAAUAAAGAAAAAAUUAAAAACUGAAUUUAGCGAUACAUCAAUAUAUCCACAACAUUCCAAUCCGAAAGCUGAGGUUGAGAUUACUGUGAUGUGAGUUAAGUGACAUAAAAAAAUUUUUUGGAUGCUAAAUUAAUGACAUUUUGUGAUAAGUUUUAAAAACAUUAAAAAUGUUUCAAACCUCCAUCUUCAUGAACUUUUUGCUGAAAGUAAAAAAAAAAAAAAAUCACUUCUGUUGAACCAUUAUCUGUUCUUAAGUUGGUGUGGUAGUUUUCCUUUCAUGGUUCCUUUAAAAUGAAACUUUAAUUAUCAAGUCCUUUUAUUUUGUUAUGAAUUUUUAUUAUUAGUUGUUAAAUAUGUGUUGAAUUGAGAGGCUUGUGCAACUAUUAUAAUUCAAAAUCAUUCUUUGUUGUUUGUUCUUUUAUAUUUUAAUGUUGAACUUUAUUUUAUGUUCCUUUUGUCCGGUGAUUUACAUACAUCAGUGUUAUUUUUUUAAUACUCAUUUUGAGAAAAACUAUAUCAGAUUUUAAAAUUAGUUUAAGUAAUUGAAAUGGAAAGCAUUAGCAUUUGUUUCUUGAAAUUUCUAUAUAUAGUUUUCAGACAAAUCAGAAUAACGUAAAAGGUGACAGUUGUUUCCUAUAUUAUUUUAAUGUCAGAAUAUACAAAGAAAAGAGUCGCAUCAAAAAGAGAGUAAAUAACGCAAAGUUGAGUUCAGUACAAAUACCCACAUCAAGUAGUUGUCAAUAUCAUAUGACUGUUCAUUUGGCAUAAUAAAAAAUUUAUGUGUACAAUAUUAAAACUAAAUUAAUUAUGCAAAGAGUCUUCAAAUGCACUUUCAAGACAAAAAAAAAAAAAUGUUACAGUCAGACCCUGAUUUAACGAAUUCAACCGGGACCAAAACUUUUUUGCAUUAAAUCGGGGUUAUUCGUAAUAUCGGGGUGUGAAAAGGAAUUUAAAAACUGCAUGUACGUUACCUAAAACUCCUAAUAAAGCAACUGCACAAAAAUAUCCAUAUUAGAAAGUGUACAUUUUUUAUUUAGCACUCCAACUAACUACGCGAUAGUUAAUUUGAAAUUUUAAACUACUGAGUAAUAGAUGUUUGACAACUUCCUUGAUACUUGACUUGAAACAUUAUUUUCUUCUUUCCAUAAAGUUCAAAGAGAACUGUGUCUUUUGCAGCCUGCUGCAUGAGAUAUGUUUUUACAGUUUCCAGGCCAUGUAAAGCAUUUAAAAGAGUAACUGUUUUAAUGGAAGUUUCACUAUCACUUUCUGCAUCAGGAUCGUUAUUCGUUGGUUGCCCCCUCGCCCUUGAUUUGUCCAAAAAUUGCUGAUUCCAAGAAAUGUCUUUUUCUGCUUCGGAUAAUAUGGAUGUAACAUUUGGAAAACAAUCCAAUAUUUCCCAACUCAAAUUAAAAAAUAAAAAAAUUCCUGAUGUUAAAAUAAUGCCUUAAUUUGGGGUUUAUUAUUAGGUAAAUGGGGAUUUUGCCUUCAUUUUAGUUCGGGGGGAAAGGAAAUAUUCGCUAAAUUGCAAAAUUCCUUAAAUUGGGGUCCAACUUUAUCUAGAAAGUUGAAGUUGAAAUUUUGACUCAAUUUUUAAUCUCGAAAAUAUGGGGAAAAAUAUUCUUUCAAAACUUCAAUACAAAAAUUAUAUUCCUAUUCUUGAGAAAUGUAGUUCAUCUUAUAUAAGAAAGAAACUUUGCUAACGAUUUAAAAAUGGGCUGAUGCAUAUGACAAAUUUUUAUGGAAAAAGAAAUAAUCAAGCAAAUAAUCCUAAAUACCAAAAGAAUGAAAUAUUGCUAACACAAUGGGUUCAUAGCAAUAUUAUCUGUCAUUGUAAUAGUAUAUUUGUAUUUAGUAUGCCAUUAUGUUAUGAAAUAUUUUCACAAAGUCCAGCUUAAAAGUGACUUGGGCUGAUUUCAUGAAAACUAUUGGCUUAGGGACUGAGAAAACAAAAAUAUGAUUUAGUUUCAAUCAUUAGUGAGUUUACCAUUUUAUUGCAUUUUUUCUGUAAAUUCAUAGUAAUUCAAAGAUACUCCUCUUAACCCAAAAUUUAGAGUCGAAACCAGUGUGGGACUCAAUCGGUUCGCCCAAACCGUUUUUCUUACAAAUAUCUCGGAGCUCCUCAUCCAGUUCUUAAAAUUUUUUAAGUUCUGUGAAUCAAUAAAUAAAGACAUACAAAUUAAUUGAAAAAUCAGAACUUUGCUAUUAAAAAAAAUAUAUAUUAUAAUCUGCAGAAGUAUUCAGAAAUACCCCUGAGCUGUCACUGUAAGCUCUGCUGAAGCUGAAAGAAGCUUCAGCCUGAUGAACGCAAUUUGUUCAGAAAAAAGAAAUUGACUGUCAAAAAUAUUUUUAACUUAAUGAUAACUAAUUUAGUAAUACUACCACUGCAAAAUUGGUACCCUGAGCCUUAGGUAAUAAAGUGCUUAAGCAAUCGAUAAUAAUCACACGGCAGAUGAUCCUAGAGUAAAAACAAAUUGGAAGAAGCUAGUGAACUCCUAAAUGCUGUAAAAAAUAUUAUUUUCUUUUAACUUAAUGAGCUUGAAAGAAGAUUGUUUUUUAAUAUUUCAUUAACAUGACCCCUCCCCCAAAAAAUUUCAACCUUACCAGUUCUUGAAUGAUUUGAAUUCCAUCACUGGUCUAAACCAGUGGGGUGCUCAUCUUUUUUUCCGAACGGUCAAACUUCAAAAUCAGAUAAUUUUCGCAGACCAGUCACACACACAAACACACACACACACAGAUCACUCUAAAUUUUUUAAAUUAUUUUAAAACUUUAAACACUGUAGGAAAAGGACAGAAAACUGUAAACCAAGAAUGCUUGCUAUCAGUACUUGAUGUUAAUUUUAUUAAUGUUAUUAUUAAUUCUUUAAAGUUUGCAUGUAUUGCAAGUGCGCUCAUACCCAAAAUUUUAAAGGGGGGGGCGCUCAAAAAUUUUUCCUAUGGUUUAGCAGAAUAUUUUACCCAUGGAAACCGAUUUCAGUACAUAUUAGAGAUAUUAAAAUUUGACAUUUUGAAUAACUUAUUCAUUAAUGGCUGGAAAAGAAAUUUUUACACAUAAUUGCGAAGAAAAAAGCACUAAAAGCAAGGAAGUUCUAAUUUCUAAGGGGGGGAGGGGCUUGAGCUCCUCCCUUGCUCCCCUAUAUGGGCGCCCUUGCUCGGGAAUUCCUAUGAAUUUGGAUUGAAUGGUAUUAAGGGGAAGAUGGAGAGAGAAGAAACAUUAUUUUUCUAGAUAUUAACUGCAUCACAUGCAGUUGCCCUUGAUGUAUUGAAAAAUAAAACGGGCCACACGGAUCGUGCAGUUCGACAUAUCUGGUCUAAACGAAAAAGGGAUAACAAGAAAUAACAUAAGAUUUAAACAGAAAGAAAGUUAGAAUUAAGAGAAUAGCAAAGAGUUUCCGCAUUAUUGCACAUUAAACUUUUUCCUUCAUAAGUUUGAAUUAGCAUUUUAAAACUCUCUCAAAAAGAAAAUAAUCUAAUUCUUCAAUGGAUAAUCUCAGUAGACAUUUCAUGAGUUGCCCUUGUUGAAACGCAGAAACCUUAUCAAGUAUAUUCUGAUUUAAGUACCUUUGUUACUUGUGUUAGGUUUGAUAGAUGAUAAGUGGCAACAAUGGUUGCAAAACCUUUUUAAAUAUUAUUACAUUUAAAGAUUAUAAUUAUGGCAGUGUAACUAGUGAACGCGCAGUCGAUAAAAAUGUAUAUGAAAAUUUAACAUCUGGUAUUGUAAGAGUCUUUCGAAGAAAUGAAGAGUUAGUGUGUGUGUGAUUCUGUAGAUAGGCGUUAUUGAUUUUAUAUAAACAUCUUUUCUGUUGAAUACGGGGUUCAGAAUUGGGUAUGUACGUCUAAAAAAGCUUUUAAUUUUCAUAGCUUUCAAAGAAAAUUACAUUUUAAAAAUAGCAGAGAUUUCGAAGAAAUUUCGGUUACUCUAACAACUUGUAAUAACACUUAUUCGAUUUUUUUUUAAAGAAACUUAAUUAUUCUAAUACAAGUUGUGAAACAGCUGUCAUCCUCCUUGUUAUUUUUAAAUUAAAGUGCAUUGAAUUCAUCCCAUAAAACCUAGCCAUUAAUCUUUUAAAGUCUUCUGAAUAUUAUUUAUGCAUUUAUUUAUGAGUAUUAUAUUGAAACUGUAUCAAAUAGAGUGCAAUAUAGUAAUUUUUUAUAUCUAGAAAUCAAAAUCUGGUAUUUAAUUUUCAUAACAAAUUUUGCUAAAUAAAUAAUUC